AAAAAAAUAAAUAAUAAUAAUGCACUGGUUCAAAAUAAAUAGAGCAAUAGAGGGAGACAUUAUCACUAUGGAAACGGAACUCUUCUACUGCGGAACUUGUUUCCACCCGGAGCAGAAGAGGCGAUGCACAACGCGGACCAAACGACUUCUUCACGACACGAUACGUCAACAAGCAGCCACACAAGAGCGGACAUGGCCGGCAGUAACACCGGUGUGGACAUGGACCCGGAUGUGGCUCGGAGGCUGUUCGAGGAGGGAGCCACCCUGGUGCUGCUGGGGGUUCCUCAGGGCACCGAGCUGGGCAUCGACUGCAAGAGCUGGCAGGUCGGCCCCCGCUUCAAGGGCGUGAAGAUGAUCCCUCCAGGUCUUCACUUCCUCAGCUACAGCUCCGUCAACUCCCCCGGCUGUGGAGGAGAAAUAGGCCCGAAGACCGGUCACUUCCUCACCCUGAAACCCAGAGACAUCCUGCUGGCUCACUGGGAUCCCAAAGAGGAAGAUCUGGACUUCUCCGCCUCCCAGAACGAACAGGAGGUGAGCAAGAUCAGGGCGACGUUGAGAGAGCUGGACCCUCACCUGGGGCCGUAUCCGUACGAGGUGAUGAGGAAGUGGGUGUCCCUCACCGACCGGAUCUCCGAGGAGGUGGCCAACAACCUGCAGCCUCUCUCGGGUCGGGUGUGUGCCUUCAGCGACGUCAUCCCCGAGCUGCAGCUCACGCACACCAAAGACCGGGCGGAGCAGCCGAGGAACGACUCGGCGUGUCAGAGCAUGAAGGAGGGACUGGACCGACUCCCCCGCAUGAAGCCGAGGGAGGGAACGGAGAUGCGCUUCUCCGUCAUCCCCGAGAAGAAAUACCCUCCGGGGGCGACGCCGGCAGAGAUCACCCAGUGCAGCCUGGACCAGAGCUACGCCCUGGAGGCGGUGUUGGAGAAGCACCACGAGCUGCAGCCUCUCAACCUGCUGGGUGAGCUGCAGUUCGCCUUCGUGUGUUUCAUUAUCGGAAACGUCUACGAGAGCUUCGAGCACUGGAAGAGCCUCCUCGCUCUGCUCUGCCGCUCCGAGGAGGCGAUGAGGAAGCGGAAGGAGCUCUACCUGGGUCUCAUCGCCGUGCUCUACCACCAGCUCGGAGAAAUCCCACCCGACUUCUUUGUGGACAUUGUGUCCCAGAGCAACUUCCUCACUUCCACGCUGCAGGACUUCUUCCAGUUUGCCAGCGGACCCGGUGUCGACGGAACUCUGCGGAAGAGAGCGGAGAAGUUCAAAGGUCACCUGACCAAGAAGUUCCGCUGGGACUUCGACGCCGACAUGGACGACUGCGCCCCCGUGGUGGUGGAGCUGCCCGAGGGCGUCACGGUGGACUGAGACCCGUCAGAACCAGUGGAACGAUGUCAGAACCACAAUGGACUGAAAUAAAUGGACUCUGAAGCUGAGAGCGGGGAACACUUGGUAUUUAAACACCAGAACCAAAGGUUCUCCGGAGAACAGAAGAAGAGUGUUGGAGGUGUCACAUGUGGGCUGUAAACACCCUCUCAUAUCUGUCCAACACUUCAUACCCUGAUGUAUGUCAGUGGUGCCCUCUGGUGGUGGGUUCCUCUAAGUUACCAUGCGACUGUUUUAGAACCAUAGUUAAAACACAUUUAUUGCCAAAAUCAGCCCCCUAGUUUUUUAAAAACCUCACUUUACUGAAGAAUUUAUUAAUGGAUAAUGCCAAGAACUACAAACGGUGUCACACACAGAGCUGUUGUCUUCUUCAUCAAUGAUGGAGGAUUACGUUCACCUGAAAUUCCAUACAUGUAUCUGCAGACACAUCACUUCAUAUAAGUGAUUCUAGAUGUGCAGGAUUUAGCUAGAAGAAAAUAAAAAGUAUGGUUUUGUGUGACUGUAA